CGGCAGGGGACGCCGCUCCGGCUCUUUCGCUGUCGAGCAGUUGGUUAGAGAAGGUUGUGCGUGGAAGCAUCGGCGUCCAGCUCUCCAGUUACUCUGCACUUCUGACUGAAAAGUGGUGAUUUAACCAACACAUUCAACAAUGGCAGACACCGCAGUUGCCCCUGAGGUUACCACCCCUGAGAAGAAGGUAGAGGAUGUUGAGAAGGUGGAGACCGAAAAGAAGGUUGAGGAUUCAGCUGAUGAGCCCUCAGUCCCUGAAACCGUGAACGGUCACGAUAAGGAUGCCACCAAGGAGGAGGAAGAGCCCUCAGAAAACGGCACCGCUGAAGAAGCAGAAGAGAAGGAGGCUGAGUCAACAGAAAAUGGCACCGCUGAAGUGACCGCCACCAAGAGGAAGUCCACUGGUGCGGAGGAGAGCGCGGAAGCAGCUGCCGAGGGAGUCAGCCCCGAGAAGAAGGCCAAGCUUGCAGACGCAGAAGAGAAGGAAGCUAGCAAUGGCACCGUCGAAGCUGAGGCUACUGCCUAAGUCAUCUAAAUUAUCAAUAGUGUUGACUUGUGGGAUCAAUGGUGGACCUAAGUGAUCAUGUUCCCUCAAUGGCCUCACUAAUCGUGUUUUCUGUUCUUCAUCCAAGCCGUUUUGUUUCAUCAUUUGACUUGGAUGAACUCCUAAUUUUAAAGAUCAUUCCUACAUCAUUAUUUUCCUUUUUUUUCUUUUCCUACGGCCUAUCAUAGAGGCCUGUAUUUGACGUCUAUUGAUGUAGUUAGAUGGUACCUGAAUUACAUAUUUGACUGGAUAUCUGAAAUCACCCUGUCCCCAAAUCGUGGUGUUUGCCGUGAUAACAUUGUUUAGUGUUUUAUGGCGCUGUGUAAGAUAGAGGUGGGAGUUUUAAGGUGGCUGUUGGAACUUGACUCUUUGUCGUGGGUGUCCUGCAUGUAUGGCCACGAUAUCUGGGCUGUUCCAUAUUUGACUUGGACUACAGUUCUGCAUUCUGUGUUCAUUUCUGUUUAUGGGGUUUGACCUGUUAUUUGGUGCAUCAGACAUUUUGAACAUUACCAGUUAUUUUUUUGUACUUAAUUUUUUUUAAUGUCAUUGUGACACGUUACUGCUGCACAGUAUUAGUUCAUUUUUCUUUAGCACUAUUGUACAGUUGGACAACCUGGCCAUGUGCAUUCAUGAAAAAUGGUUCAUAAUGGCAAUAAAGAGUUGAUUUCCAUGCAA